AUGUCCACCACCAUUGACUUAAGCGCUAUCCCGGAAGGCGACUUGCGCCGCUUCGCAGCCUGCUGGCUCAACUCCGAACUCAGUACCAACUGGGAGGCAGCCCACGCCACCUUCGAUCCGGAAGGCAAACUCAAGCUCGCCUCCUUCAAGACCGUGACCCAAAAGGCUAGCAAGAAGGCAGGCGGAGGAGGUGCUGCCGCCGAGAAUGGAGAUGCUAAGCCAAAGAAGGCCCCUGCGAAGCGCAAGAAGGCUGCGUCCGAAGCCAACGAGGACGGCGGUGAUGGCGAAUCGAAGUCCAAGAAGGCUCGCGCACCAGCUAAGAAGGGCAAGAAGGCUGCUUCGGAGGAGAAGGUCGUUGAAGAUGACGAGGCUCCGGUCAAGGGAGAGGAGGGAGAAGAUGAAUGA